AUGCAGGCGCUUUCACUGAGCUGCACGAGACCAUUGAAAUCGAAGACCCGAACGAACGACGAUGAUGGAGUUACGAUGUUCUCAGUAAAAUAUCUUGGUCAAGGAAAACUUGAAAAGCCUGGUUUGGAAGACAUGUGUACAUUUGUUCACUCAAUAUGUGGGAGAGUUAGAAAAUCGAAACAAAAAGAUAUUCUAAAAGGAGAUUUUAUUCUCUCGAAUGAGAACUGCUCUUUAAAGCCCAAUGCACAAGAUAGCAUCGAUUCGACACUAGUAUUCCGUACUCGACGCAUCCUAUUUUCUGGAGUGUACGAACUUAAUCCAAAGAUAUUUUUCUUCACUUAUCAGUUCGGUAAAACAGCUGAUGUGCUUCAAUGUCAUGUACUCAAGUGUAGAAAUAAGAAAGAAGCAAAACGCUUGGCUAAACAAGCUGGGAUAUUAUUUAAAGAUAUAGCAUUUUCAUUGAAUAGACGAUUGAAAGACACACCAAACUAUAAACCACAAUUGUCAUCGCUUGGCUCACGAACAAGCACUAUGUCGACCAAUUAA